AUGAUGGCCGAUAGCGAAAAACCCCGGAAUUCGGUCGAACCCGAGCGACCAACAACGUCGGGCUCGACCAUCUCCUCAAAUGCCUCCAGCAGCUCCUUCGAAUAUGAUCCCCAGAUCCAUCGGCUGCAGUCCCGAAACACGGAGCUCGAUUUAGAGCGCCGACAGACGAGUGCGUCGCGCGCUUUAAGCAGGACGGAGACGCAGCGGGCCCAGCAUGCCUUGACGGUGGGUGAGAGUCUCACCUCGAGGCCGUCAAAGAAACCACUUCCGCCUUUUGGUGGCGGAAAGGAGUACCCUCCAUUGCUGCCUGCGCGCGAGGACUACGUGGUGGAAUUUGAUGGACCCGAUGAUCCUCUAUAUCCGUUGAAUUGGCCGGUGAUGAGAAAGGUGUAUAUUAGUGCCAUCCUCGCAUUCACCAGUAUUUGCUCCACUUUCGACUCCGCCGUCUUCAGCUCAUCGUCCAGCAAUGUCGCAAGUCAUUUCGGCGUCGGUCUGGAGGUCGCCAUUCUCUCCAGUUCACUAUACAUCAUUGGCUAUGCGUCAGGUCCGCUGAUUUGGGCUCCUCUCUCCGAACUGCAAGGGCGUCGCAUCCCCAUCAUUAUUGCUAUGUUUGGUUUUGGCAUUUUCAACAUCGCAGUCGCAGUCUCCAAGGACUUGCAGACUUUGCUAAUCUGUCGAUUCUUCUGUGGUAUCUUCGGAAGUUGUCCGCUCGCUGUGGUCGCCGCUGUCUUCUCUGAUAUCUGGGACAAUCGAACCCGUGGUACCGCCAUUGCAUGCUUCUCGGGGACCGUUUUCCUCGGCCCACUCCUCGCGCCGUUCAUCGGUGGAUUCAUCAACAUGUCCUACCUCGGCUGGCGCUGGACCGCCUACAUUCCUGCAUUCAUGGGCUUCGGCGCCUUCGCGAUGAAUGUGCUCUUCUUGCAAGAGUCUUACCCACCGGUGGUUCUUGUGGCCAAAGCAUCGGAGCUCCGUCGCCGGACAAAGAAUUGGGGUAUUCACGCCAAGCAGGAGGAAAUCGAAGUCGAUCUUCGUGAAUUGAUCGUGAACAACUUCUCUCGUCCGCUGAAGUUGCUGUUCAACGAACCCUUGAUUCUUGCCGUCACUCUGUACCUCAGCUUUAUCUACGGCUUGCUAUACUGCUUCCUGACUGCGUAUACUCUGGUCUUCCAGCAGGUCUAUGGUAUGAAUGCCGGUGUUGGAGGUCUCCCAUUAUUUGGCAUGGUCGUGGGCCUGAUGAUUGCGGCAACAUACAUCAUUACCUCGAACAGAUGGUACAUUAAGAAACUCGAAGCCAAUGGCGGUGUGCCUAUCCCAGAAUGGCGUCUGCCCCCCGUGAUAGUCGGCGGAGCCCUCUUCGCCGCCGGACUCUUCUGGUUCGGCUGGACAGGCUUCAACGGCACUAUCCAUUGGAUUGUCCCGACCCUCAGUGGUCUCUUCACCGGCUUUGGACUUUUGAUCAUCUUCAUUCAACUGUUCAAUUACUUGAUCGAUACAUACCUCAUGUUUGCCGCAUCGGCAAUCGCAGCAAACACAUUCUGCCGAUCAAUGGUUGCAGCCAGCUUCCCACUCUUCUCCCGCCAGAUGUUCCAAGGCAUGGGCAUUCAAUGGGCAGCUACGCUUCUUGGUUGCGUGGCGGCUGUUCUCGUUCCGAUUCCCGUUGGAUUCUACUUCUUCGGAAGGCGGCUGAGAAUGAAGAGCAAGUUUGCGCCUUUCUACGAAGCUGUCCAGGAAGGACACUCUGGCGAGGAAGAGACCAGGGCUGAAGAGACUGUGGGUGAGCCACAGCGAUAA